AUGGAGGCACUUGCCCAAUGUUACCAGGCUUCCGACACUUGGCAGAAGCGUCGCCAAAUACUUUCCAUCCUGGCGGAUAAGGUGCGCUUUACCAAACUCCUUCGUUAUAUUCCUUGUCUGACCAACUAUCGAUUUACGGACGCCAAACGCCAUUGCCUUACCUAUGGAAGAGGUGGACCAGUAAAGUCCUUACGAGCAUUCAGGAGAGACAUCGCUUCUUCGCAAAUAAAGCGUUUCAUCGCCUUCAUAACAAGCUCGCACAUUGUACAAGAUUUGCCAUUCGGAGAAAGAUCCGUAACGCUUAGCAACAAAGAAAAUUUAAAGAUACCAAACGUGAUGAUUCCUAAAAGAGUGGUCAAACAAUAUUUGGCCGACUGUGACAGGAUGAGUUUCAAGCCUUUGAGCCGAAGUACGCUUCUACGUAUCCUUGCUGUU